UUCUCGGACCCUUUAGGGAUAUUGUCACAGGAAUGUCACUUUGAGAAGUUCCGCAGGUUUGGAAGUUCCUAUAUUGCAGCAUCAUAUGUGAAGUUUUUAGAAUCUGCUGGUGCCCGAGUUGUGCCAAUAAGAUUAAAUCUUUCAGAUGAAGAAUAUGAUAAAAUAUUCCACUCUAUUAAUGGGGUACUUUUUCCAGGAGGUGGUGUGGAUCUUAAGACUUCAGAAUAUUCCAGGGUUGCUAAGAUAUUUUACCACAAGGCGUUAGAGGCUAAUGAUAAAAGAGAUUAUUUUCCAUUAUGGGGAACAUGCCUCGGACAUGAAGAGCUUACAUAUCUCACAAGUGGCAAAGUUUUACUCGUUAAUACCAAGACAGAAGGUUUUGCACUGCCUCUGAACUUUACCUCAGCUGCAAAAGACAGUAGGUUAUUCAAGAAUUUCCCUUAUGAUGUAUUACACGCAUUUGCUACUGAGCCAUUGACAUCAAACUUUCAUAUGUGGAGCCUCUCCAUGGAGAAUUUCACAAAGAAUGAAAAGCUUCGUAAUUUCUAUAAUGUUCUGACCACUAACACUGAUGGUGAAGUGGAGUUUAUAUCUACCAUGGAAGCAUACAAAUAUCCCAUUUACAGCGUCCAGUGGCAUCCAGAGAAAAAUCCUUUUGAGUGGAAGAAUUCACCAGGCAUUCCACAUUCCCCAUCAGCUGUCAGAGCAGCAUAUUAUGUAGCUGACUUCUUCAUUAAUGAAGCCCGGAAGAGCCUGCACCGCUUCCCCAGUGAAGAAGAGGAAACAAAAGAAUUGAUUUAUAAUUAUACUCCAAUUUAUACAGGAACAUUUUCUUCAUUUCAGCAAAUCUAUUUUUUUGAUUGAGUAUUGUGUCAAAGGUGCAGUGUUGCUAUUUAUAGAUGGAAUUAUUUGCCAGCACUGUGUAAUUAAACUGAUGUAGUGCACUGCAUGUGACAGAAAGCCAGAACCAUUUCUUUCUUUACAAUGAUUUAUCCUGUGUUUCUUCUGCACUGUUGGACCAUUAAUAUAGAAAAUUUACACUCAGCAACACAAUCAUUGUC